AUGGACCGCCUGCAUGCAAUCAAGCAACGCAUCGCGGAGUCGUACAGGACCGACCCCAACAUCGACAAGGUGAGGAGAUAUGCUGGCCCUGUAGCCCGAAGCCUCCCCCUUUCCACGGCCGACUACCUGGCCGAGAAGCUCCCGGUUGUCCAGUGGCUUCCCCACUACAACCCGAGAUGGAUAGUCCAUGACGCCGUUGCCGGCAUCACGCUGGGAGUCAUGUUCAUCCCCCAGGGUCUCGCCUACGCCAAGAUCGCCACCAUACCCAUCGAGCACGGGCUGUACUCUUGCUGGAUCCCUUCAGCCGUCUACUUCUUCCUCGGCACCUCAAAGGGCAUGUAA